GUUUUGAUUUCUGUAAAAACAUCUAUUUUUUGCAAAUUUUAUCCUAUCUUAUAUUAUUAUUUGAAACCACAUUUGAAAAACAAGUUUCAGCUGACAAGGAAUUUAUUUGGCAGAACAAUAAAUCGGCGAUGAAAGUAGUUGUUAUAACACGAGUAUUCAUCAUUUUGACACAGUCGUUGCUUUAUGCGCAACCUUACAAGGAAUGCCAUCCCGAUAAAAAGACAUGCGAAUAUUGGCUGGUAGUGAAAGAAAAAUUUACAAUGAUAUACAAAAAAGAUUUGGUUUAUGCUGCAGACGGCAAAUUGUAUAAGUACGACGAGCAUCCGUCAAAUUAUACGACAGAGGUUGGUCACCUCGUCUUUCUAGACUUUCCCUUAUUGUAAAAUCAAUGUCUCAUAGCGUAUUCUUGCAACCGCAAGCAUAGUAACCAUAUCAGUAAAAAAAUCUGUAAAAAGAGAUCAAAUUUUAAAUAUUAGAGCUCGCCUGAUCAGUGGUGAUAAACUCAAGACUAUUCGAGUAUAACAGCGGCAUAAAACAGUAUUCUCAACUAGAUUCAACUUCUUAUUGAGCCUUUUUACUUGUUUUAUUCUUUACGGGGUCUGGGGACGAGUUUGAGUCGUCAAAAUAGAGUUGGGCGUUAUUUGCUUGAAACCUUUUGACUGAAGACUGGUUGUUUGGAUUGCCUUAUUAGAAAAUAAUUAUUUGGACAGACAAAUAUUGACAUAAAUAAGAUUACCGAAAUCGCAAAUCAUUCAUAACAAUAUACAAAAUUACAAAAUUGUACCAUGGCAAAUCGCACGUUAUUUCAUAGAAAAACUUUGUUUCCAGGACUUCCACCACACCCAUGCUCUAAAUUAUCAAGUUCCUUUCCACGAUUUCAAGUCUUUUGUGUAAAAUUCAGAGGUGAAAGCGUCUGAAAGCACUAUGUGAAAGUAGCCCUUGACAACAAAAUCUAGGACGAACAGCUUUGUCCACAGGCUUUUUCUACGCCUUUGGUAUUCUGACGGAACGGCUCCUUUUAAAAACAAUAAAAGCGCAAAAGAACCCUGGGCCGAGGUUGUGAGGCAAGGUUACAAUAUUAUGAAACAUGGAGGAGAUGGCGUAUUUUAAUAAAUAUUUGACUCCAAUACUUUUUUUUAUUUUGCAUUAAAUGUUUACAAUAGAGUCAGUUAUUUUUACCGACGUCACAAUUCUACGCAAAUAAAAAAACGAAUGACUCAUUUUGAGACGAGAUUUUUGAGAUCGUAGCAAGUGGAGAGAUAAUUUGCGUCGACAGAAGCACUGAUUUAUUUGUUAUUAGACGAUUCUUUUGUUUUGCUUUCUGUAAAAACAUCUAUAUUUUUGCAAAUUUUCAUCUUGUCUUAUAUUGUUAUUUAAAAUCACAUUUGAAAAAUAAGUUUCAGCUGACAAGGAAUUUAUUUGGCAGAACAAUAAAUCGGCGAUGAAAGCAGUCGUUAUAACACGAGUAUUUAUCAUUUUGACACAGUCGUUGCUUUAUGCGCAACCUUACAAGGAAUGCCAUCCCGAUAAAAAGACAUGCGAAUAUUGGCUGGUAGUGAAAGAAAAAUUAACAAUGAUAUACAAAAAAGAUUUGGUUUACGCUGCAGACGGCAAAUUGUAUAAGUACGACGAGCAUCCGUCAAAUUAUACGACAGAGGUACCAGUUGACCAAGUGGUAACUGUGGAUGGAGUGAACAGAAUGGUAAUAGCUGUCAACGAAACUAUACCAGGACCAGCUCUGGUUGUGUACGAAGACCAGAUACUUAUCAUUCAUGUGAAAAAUCUUCUUUUGAGUGAUGCAGUAACAAUUCAUUGGCAUGGCUUACAUCAGAAAGAUACUCCAUUCAUGGACGGAGUGGGAUAUAUCACACAAUGCCCUAUUGGAGCUGGUCAAACUUUUUCAUACAGAUUUAAGGCUUCACCAAAGGGUACUUUCUGGUAUCACAGCCAUGUUGGUGCACAAAGAACAAAUGGUGUGUUUGGUGCUUUCAUCAUAAAAGAAAAACCAAAAGCCGGCGUGAAACCUCCAGAAGAUAUGAUUAUGACAGUCAUGGACUGGCAUCACCAUAGCUCUGAAGAGGUUUACAUCAAAAUGGUUUAUGGUAAUUUCAUUGGAAGAAAGAAAUAUCAAACAACCAAAACUUUGGAUGGUGGAAUGUUUUCUGGUGUGCCCUGGGUUAGUGGAUUAAUUGAGGGUAAAGGAAGAUACAUGGAUCCGAAAACAGGUAAAACAAUCGAAGCCCCUUUAACCAAAUACAAAGUAAAACAAGGUCAAUCAUACAGAUUUCGAGUGAUUCACACCGGUACGAUCUAUCCACUUCGCAUAUCUGUUGAUCAACACGACUUAACCGUAAUGGCUUCAGAUGGAUAUGACUUAAAACCCAGGGUUGUCGAAUCUUUCAUUAUAAACCCAGGAGAAAGAUUUGAUUUUCUUCUCAAAGCUGAUAAAUCUGACGGUAACUAUUGGAUACGAGCCAACAGCAUGGAGGCUGACGUUGCGAACCACACAGCUAAAGCUAUUCUUCAUUAUGAUGGCGCUACAGAUGUUGAACCCUCCACCACACGACGCCAAUGUACCAACGCAUCUUCGUGUGACGUCAUCAACUGUCCAUUUCGCUAUUUUCCUAAGAGAUAUUAUAUCAAUUGUCAUUUAAUAUCAGACUUGCAGCAGAAAACUGAAGACGAUCCUGCUCCUGAGUUUCGUGAUGACAGCGAAGAACAUUUUCUCAAUUUUGCUUUCCCAGGCACAACUGUCACCCCUGGUGCUGUUAAUGGAAGAAAGUUUGAGUUUCCUGGUGUCAACUCGCUUACUCAAACUAAUGAUAUAGGUGAUUAUGAUUGUGAUAAACAUGACUGUGGCGAAGAUAAAGUUUGUUAUUGUCAUUACGAAUUGAAAAUACCAUUCAAUAAGACAAUUCAAAUGAUAUGGCUCAAUGUGGGAAGUAGGGGCUGGGUGGGGUCAUCCCAUCCAUUUGCAUGGCCACAGUUUUUAUGUAUUAAAAAUGGCGUAUGCGGAAAAAAUAGAACAACUGGGAAACUACUGGAAAAAGGAAGAUUGAAAUCACCUGAUAUCGCAUGCGAUGGCGUCAAAAACUUUUGUAACGAUGCAAAAUGGAAAAAUAAAACUUGGAAAAAUGGAAACGUACCUGGAUUGAAUUUGAAAAAUCCUCCACGCAAAGAUACUUUGAUUAUACCAACUGGAGGCUACGCUGUUGUUAGAAUAAGAUCAGACAAUCCAGGAAAAUGGUUCAUGCAUUGUCACAUUGAAGUGCACGCCCUUGACGGAAUGGCAAUGGUGUUAAAAGAGGCCGAAGAAAAAUUUCCAACACCGCCUAAAGGUUUCCCUAUUUGUCAGAACUUUUACGACGAUCAAUCAAGAAAUAUAAAUUAUCUACCAGAGAAAGGAACGGCAAAGAACGACGACUGCAAAUACGACACAAAGAUAAUAGCCGUCGCCGUUGCAUUGGCUGUAUUGGUUGCUAUCCAACUCGUUGUUAUUGUUCUUCUAUGCUGCAAAAAAUCUGAAACAAAAUCGCAUGAUGACGUCAGCAUGCACUACCGCAACAACAAUACCAAAAAGUAAAAACGAACCGAGAAAUACCUUUCUUUCUACACGUUGCUGUGAGAUUAUGGUAUUCUAUAUGAAUUAGUAUCAUUUGACAACACUUCAUUCAUAUUUUUAGCGUUUUUACGAAAGUCCAUGUAGGCAUGUUUUAUAAAGGGCCUCGUACGCGUUUCAUCCUCAUAUCAAAAAACGCUACAGGCCCUGGGAUCGAGGUUGAAUAAGAAUAAUUUUUAGAAGAUAAGAAACUCUUCUAUGGCUAUCCUCGUUUCCAGGGCUUUUUGCGUUUUUGAUAAGAAGAAAGGCGAAAAUUUCUCUCAUAAUAUUAUUAUUACUAUUGCAUCAUGAGCAGGUAUGGUGUCAGUUACAUAUUGACAAACUACGUGCAUGUAUGAUUGUCCGUGUGGACACCACAAGAGCGGACAAUUUGCUAUGCUCUCGAUUGCGAAAUGAAGUGCAUCAUACACAGUAGAUAAAAAAUUUGAAUGUCAAAAUAAAAAGGUAAUCUCGUCAUAACCGACAAAACUUCAGUAACAAAAAUAUUUGUAAAAUCUGUUUUGAUCAAAUAUUUUGUCUCCAUGUCAGCAAAUAAUAACUUAAAACGGUAUUCUUAGAAAUUAACGUAAUACGUAAUCUAGUUAUCCCGAACUUUCUGUCUGUUAUUUGAUCCCUUCAGCACGAACCCCGUUUAAAAUCUCAAAAUUUUUCCCCGAUUAGAAAUUUUUCAAUUUAUUUAUUUUAAUCAAAUCUUUUAAGCGGAGGUUGAAUCCGGAACUUAUUUGUUGUCGAUAUCUAUAAUACCUUAAAAGCCUAAAUUUUUGUCGGUUGACAAAAAUAAGAGCGAUGAUAUAUCGUAUUGACUCGAUUAUUCCCGCAGCAGGAUUAGUGUUUCAACGUUAGAAAUAAAGACGGAUCUACUAAAGAGGUGAGAACAUUAGAGAAACGGGAUUAUUUUUUCAUAGCAUGAGAAUCAGGAUAUUAGAGAAACCGGAUUAUUUUUUCAUAGCAUGAGAAUCAGGAUAUUAGAGAAACGGGAUUAUUUUUGCAUAGCAUGAGAAUCAGGAUAUUAGAGAAACCGGAUUAUUUUUUCACAGC